AAGCGAGCAAUUUUACGAUCGAUUUUUUAAAUAUCACAAAAACUGGCAACACUGUUCACUCCAAGCACGCAGCAUGCACUGUUGGAAUGUAAACAACAACAAAAGCACGUGCUGGGAUAACUGUCAAAAUCAGCUGUUAUUCAUUGUUGUAUUGUGUUGGUUGGAAUUGUCCGGUGAACGCGCGUGCCUACUUUCUCCCCGAGGUUGUGUAAAAACGACAAAUCUGUGAUAGAAUUGUAUUGAUUACAUUAAGCUUAACAUGGUGCGCGUAAAUUUAUCAAAGUUAGUGCAGCUUCAAACCGACGCCACGCAGGUGCGUAACAUAUGCAUUCUGGCACACGUGGAUCACGGCAAAACAACGCUCGCCGAUAGUUUGAUUGCAAGCAAUGGAAUCAUAUCGACACGGCUGGCAGGCAAGCUACGCUACAUGGACAGUCGGCCGGAUGAACAGGAACGUCAAAUAACGAUGAAAAGCAGCAGUAUAGCACUAUACUUUCGGGGUGAAUCAAAGGAGGAGAAGUCCGGCGAGCAAGAAUAUCUGGUCAACUUGAUCGAUUCACCUGGGCACGUGGAUUUUAGCAGCGAAGUUUCGACCGCCAUCCGGCUCUGCGAUGGAGCAAUAAUCGUUGUCGAUGUGGUUGAAGGGGUUUGUCCUCAGACCCGCGUAUGUUUGCAGCAAGCGUACAACGAGCAGCUGUCCACCGUUCUGCUCCUGAACAAAAUCGAUCGUCUGGUUUUGGAAAAACGGCUCGAUCCUGCAGAAGCGUAUCAUCACCUGGCACAAGUCCUGGAACAGGUUAAUGCGGUAGUUGGAAACCUUUUUGCAACGGAUGUUUUAGCAAGGGAGCAGAUCAGUACCGCGGCCGAUCAAACAUCCGCCCUGGAGGAAGCGGAUGAUUCGUUUCUUUAUUACUCACCCCAGCAGGGCAACGUCCUGUUCGGAUCGGCACUCGAUGGAUGGGCAUUCGAUCUGGCAACCUUUGCCCGUUUUUAUCAGGGCAAACUGGACGGUGUGUCGGACAGUGCAACGCUGUUGAACGCUCUGUGGGGUGACUAUUUUUACUCUCCUCGUAAAAAAGCAAUCGAAUCUGGUGCAACAGAAAAGGGGCGAAAACCGCUCUUCGUUCAGCUGGUACUGGACAAUUUGUGGAAUAUUUACGGGCUGGUAGAAAACCGCGACGAGACAAAGCUACGUGCCAUUUCGGAGCGUUGUGGAGUGGUGCAGAAUGUGCGCGAUUUGCGUCAUGCUGAUGGACGUGUCCCGGUGCGGAAUCUGCUUUCGGGCUGGUUGCCAAUGGAACGGUCGCUGCUUGGUGCCAUUUGCCAGGCGGUCCCCAAUCCAAGGGGCAUUAGUGAGAUGAAGGCAGAAAAGCUGCUCUGCUCUAGAUUGACGGAUUUCAGUUCUUACCCACCGGAAACGCAAGCCCUAAAGCAGGACAUUAUGCGGUGCGAUGCGGACAGUGAACGUUUGAUUGUGUUUGUUUCGAAAAUGUUUCCCAUUGAGCAUGGAGCACUGGCCGGUGCGAAAGACACGCUGGAACGGCUUACAAAAGCACUUUCCUUGGUCGAUGGAAAUGAUGCUGGUGACGAUGAUGGAGAAGUGGAGAUAUUUCUUGCCUUCGCAAGAGUUUACAGCGGGACACUCCGAAAAGGAUCGCGCGUUUUUGUCAUUGGACCAAAGUACGAUCCACGCACGAUGCACCCGAACGACAGCGACGCAAUAAAUCCACAUCUGACUGAGAUCGAAAUUGAUAGCCUGUUCCUCCUGAUGGGACGUCAGCUGGAACCGGUUGACUCGGUACCGGCAGGCAAUAUAGUCGGCAUAGGAGGUUUACAAAAUGUAGUGUUGAAGACGGCGACACUCAGCAACACCCGCUUCUGUCCACCGUUUGUAGAUCUUCCGCUAAUAGCGACGCCAAUCCUGCGAGUUGCAGUCGAACCGAAGGAUAUCCAAAAAAUGCCUCAACUGGUUCGUGGUCUGAAACUGCUCAAUCAGGCCGAUGCAUGCGUUGAGGUGCGUGUGCAAGAAAGCGGCGAACAUGUUCUGCUGACGUUGGGCGAAGUGCACCUGGAACGGUGCAUCAAGGAUCUGCAGGAAACGUACGCCAAGAUUGAGCUGAAUGUUUCGAAACCUAUCGUGCCGUUCAAGGAAACGAUCGUACCGUUCGUGCCUACUUCAGAGGAUAAUCCGGAGGAAGAAAUUGCAAAGGAUAGAGAGAAAGAUAAAACCGUUACGCUUCAAACGCCAAAUCGUCAGUGUACAAUAAAACUGAUAGCGUUGCCGAUUUCACAAGAGGCCGUGGAUCUGCUCAUCCAAAACGAGUCUGUGCUGAAAGCGUACGUGAAAGCACACGAAGCGAAACAAAAACUGCCUCAAGCGCUGCAGGAUUCGAUUGACGAGCUUCGCACAAACCUGAAAAAGCUGCUGCCCGAAACGGUUCCCUUUGAAGGAAUUUGGUCCCUGGGGCCAAAGAGGUGUGGCACGAACCUGCUGAUCAAUUGUACCGAUUUCAAGCACACAUCCGUAUGGUACGAGGAUGAGACGACAGAACGAACAUUGGAAGAUCCACGCAACCAGUACGAGUCAUCGUUUUUGAACGGGUUUCAAAUGGCAUCCUUAGCUGGUCCACUGUGCGAUGAACCAAUGCAAGGUGUUUGCUUUCUGGUCGAACGCUGGGAGGUUGAUGUGACGAUCGGAGUGGACCUCGCGUCUGUUGCUUCCCAUGGACCACUCUCGGGACAAAUCAUGUCAGCCGUUAAGGAAGGCUGUAAAAAGGCGUUUCAAAAUCAACCCCAGCGCCUGGUCCAUCCAAUGUACAGCUGUAAUAUAACCGUGAACUCGGACGUGCUUGGAAAACUGUACGCCGUAAUAGGACGACGACAUGGCCGCAUCCAGUCGGCGGAUCUGAUUGAAGGCAGCGGCCAGUUUGAUGUGACGGCCGUCAUCCCGGUUAUUGAGUCGUUUAACUUUGCGACCGAAAUUCGCAAGCAAACGUCCGGCUUGGCUAUGCCGCAGCUCGUAUUUAGCCACUGGGAGACGGUCGACAUCGAUCCGCACUGGGUGCCGUCGACCGAGGAAGAGUAUCUGCAGUACGGCGAGAAGGCCGACUUUACGAAUGUGGCACGGGUGUAUAUGGAUGCGAUACGCGAACGUAAGGGUUUGCCGGUGGACAAGAAGUUGGUCGAGUUUGCCGAAAAGCAACGUACACUGUCGAAGAAUAAGUAAGCGCGACGUGUACGUGCGUGAUUGAGGUAGAAGCGAUCGUUAUGUAGCUGUAAGUACGUUGUAUUCUUUUAUUUCUUUGCUAACGUGUUUUAAUUUACAAUCCGGAGUGUAAAGUCACAGUGACAAAGGAUACGCA